GUGAUAGUCACGAAGAAAGCUGGGUGGCCCUUUAGGAUCAUAUACUGUUUUAAUUUUUCGCAUUUUAUCCAGGUGCCAGAUUACGCACAGAGCUUCCAGCGAUCGCUCUGCUGCUCGGUCACACACGCACCCCCCUCCUCGCCAGAGCGCAGUGGUUCGCUCCAGUCGGCACGCCGCUGCCGCCGCUGCUGCUGCUGCUGUUGCUGCUGCUGCUGUUCAACACCGACACUCCGCCGGCCGACGCACAUUCGGAGCUCCUGCCCGGUUAUCGAGCACACGCUGAGUCUCGCCGCCUGCACACCGUCCGCUCUUCUCAUCUCGCUUCAGCCUCUCUGAGCGUUUUUGCCUCCUACGUUGGUAGAUACAAGUCUCUGCGCAUCCCUCCCUCCAAAUCCAUCCAUUUGGCAGUCGCCUCCGUCGUCCAUCUCUCCAGCAUGUCGCUGAAGGUCCAGACCAGCAAUGUGACCAACAAGACAGACCCAAAGUCCAUCAACUCCCGGGUGUUCAUUGGCAACCUGAACACGGCGGUGGUGAAGAAGUCGGACGUGGAGAGCAUCUUCUCCAAGUAUGGCCGGGUCCUGGGUUGCUCAGUGCACAAGGGCUACGCCUUUGUCCAGUACGCCAGCGAGAGGCACGCAAGGGGGGCGGUGAUCGGGGAGAACGGGCGGGUGCUGGCUGGACAAACACUGGAUAUCAACAUGGCAGGAGAACCGAGGCCAAACAGACCCAAAGGCCUGAAGCGAACAGCGGCUUCUCUCUACGGUGGCUAUGAGUUUGACUAUGAUUACUACAGAGAAGACUUCUAUGACAGGUUGUUUGAGUACCGUGGCAGGGUGUCUCCAGUCCCUCGGGUGGUGCCGGUCAAACGUCCACGGGUGGCGGUGCCCCUGGUACGACGGGUCAAAUCGCUGCCAGUCAAACUGCUGGCACGUAACGCCUCAGUCCUCCCCACCAGCAACGGAAACAAACAGAGAUCGGUGAAAGGCACAGAGCUUCAGGCGAUCAAGUCAGAGUUGACUCAGAUUAAAGCCAACAUCGAGGCUUUGCUGGGAAGACUGGAGCAGAUCACAGAAGACCCUCACUUCACCGCUACAGAUCUGAUCAAGGCAGAGGAGUGUAAGAGCGAGGAGGCGUGGCAGGAAGAGGAGGAAUCGAGUUCAGAGCUAGAAGACGGGGAGGAGCAGAGACAGAACAGCGAAGCCGAAGAGGAGGAGGAGGAAGAGGAGGAGGAGGAGGAGGAAGAGGAGGAGGAGGGAGAGCACACGCAGGAUGUCGCCCACAACCACAUGGAGAACAGUCGCCUAUCAUCAGAGAUGGACUCCAUUCACCCAUGAGAGGUGUUGGCAACUGUGGAAGAGGAAGAGACUGGCAGAGGGAGAGAGAAACAGAGAGCUGUGGAAAGUCAAAACUGGAUUAUAACAGCACACAGGAAGGCAUCAAACAGCAGGGAGCUGGAGACACACACACAAGAACACAUACACACACACACACAAGCACACACACACACACAAGCACACAGGCCAAACUUCAAAAAACACACAGCAGAGAAACAGACUUGACACUUUGUCCAAGCCACAGGGAGACACUAAAACAGCAGGGUACUGCCAGAACAGACUAUAAACUGAUGAGUUACACACACUAGCGCACAGGCCCGUGAAUGAAAAAAUAAGAAAAAACACACAGCAAUGGAGACAGACUCAACACUGUGUUAGAGCCCCGGGAAGGUAGUAAAAACAGCAGGCUGUUGUCAAAACACAUUUUAAAGCAACAGGUUUUACACACACACACAUUUUUCUGUUGACAGCUGCUAUGAUCGGCAAAGCUGGAGCUCAUCAGUUCAUCUGCUGCUUUCCAGGACUUUAAACGCAACUUAAUGGGCCGCGUACUGUUUGAGAGCGUGUUGAUUUAAAACAUUUUUUUUGCAAGAUAUUUCGAAUUUUUGAUUAGAUUUUGGAGGAACUUAUGGGUUAACGGAGAAACAAGCCAAUAAGGAAUUAAUUAUGACACAAGCAAGACAGUCUUUUAGUCAGUGCACAGCAGCAACCGCUUUAUAUGGAGGUAUUAAAAAAAAAUUAAAAAAUAAAUAAAUAAA